CCUCUAUAACUUCCAGUCUAGAGGAGUGAAUAGAGCCUGCUCACAUUUUCAGGAUUCAGAUCACAGGUGUUUCUGCUGCUCUGCAUUGUCCGGGAGGGCCACAGCUUCCAGCAGUCAAGGAGCAGUAGGCAGAAUUAUGGCAACGCAAGAGGCAAGUCCAGAUCCUGAACAGGAUGACCUGUUGUCGUAUGAUGACUGGUACAUUGAUGAACCACAAGGACCAGUGAUGGCCCCUCAUGAGAUCAUUGUACCAUGUUUUCCAACCAUGUCCGAUGAACUCUACCACCUCAUCAUGGCCCCUGUUACAUUGUGCACAUUGCUGCUUUUAUCUUUUCUGAUACGACGGCGAAAACUCUGCAUUUCCUGCUGUUGGGGGGUCCCCAGUCUUCUCAGCCCCUUAAACCUAUUGGAGGCUUCUGGGAAUAGCUGGGUGCCAUGUGCUGUCUUUGGCUUGCUAGUGUCUUCAAUCAUCCGUUUGUUGCUGGACUCUACAACUCUCAACUUCAUUUCAAAUAACUGGGGAUCUUGUGGAGAACUUUGGAGAAUCCUCGCCUUGUUCUAUUACCCUGCACUGUACUACCCUCUUUUGGCAUGUAACAGAAUGGAAGGUCCAAGAGCUCAAAAGGCUGUAGGGUACAGCGUGGGCACCAUCCUCUCCUGGAUGCAUUGUGGAGCAUUAAUAUGGCAGAAGGUAGAAUGUCCACAAUCACCACAGUACUACAGAUAUUACUCCCUAUUGUCAACCGUGCCGCAAAUCUGCUGUCUGGUCGUGCUUAGCUUGAUGUACCCUGUGCUGCUGGUACAAGAAUGGCGCCGGUCUUCUCGCUCUAAACAGAUGUCCAACAGAAAUUACUAUCUCAAAUAUCUGAAAAGUCUUUUGAAGCAUAAAAGAUCAAAACGCAGCAAGGAUUCUGUCAGUAUUGGAUCCCAGGUGUCACUCAAUCUCUGCUCCUAUCUAUGCCCUCCCAAUAAAGGUUUAAACUUCCCGCUAAGAUCCAUACUUGCUGUGACAGUGUCUGUACUGUCUGCCUAUCAGGUAGCUCUCCUCCUGUUGGUUGGAUUCCUACCUACAGUGCAGAAGAUUCGAGGAGCCAUUGAUACAGAAUUUAUACUCAUGAUAGCGGGCUUCGGAAUGACAGUAGAUGACGAUAAGCACAAAGCAGUGGAAUACAUUGUGUAUUAUAUCUGGGCAGUGGAAGUUUGUUACAUUGCUGCACUGGUCCUUUCCUGCACUGUGACGGUUACGAUGCUCCUGAGAUCACUAGUCAAGCAUAGGUUGGCACUGCAGUCCCUAUUUGCUGGUCAGGCUUCAAAGGUGUUUUUGGACUCUCGCUCUCUUCAGAAAACAUCUCCAACUAUUGCUAGCUGGAUGAGUCAUAUCAGUUACCAGGCUUCAGUGACUUGUAUAGGCCUUAUCCUUCAGCAUUUGCUAUUGUUUCUUUUCCACUUAAUCGUCACUUUUCUUAUCAUCAUUCCAAUUGCAUAUGGAAAAUUCCAAAUCUUGCGCAAGUUCUUUGAAAAAACAUGGCCAUUCUGGUUACUUCUGUUCCUGGUAACUGUAAUUCACCAGCUAUGUGCACGAUUCCUCUUUCUGAAAGGAAAUCCACCGCAGAUUGUCCAAAGGAGAAGUCUCUUCAUGCUGACAUACCUUAUGUUCCCAGUAAAUUUUUUGCGGGGUGAGCUACUCUGUCUUGCCCGUCUUGGGGUCUCAGUUAUUUUUAAUGUCAUCCACUUCUGUCGUCUGGACCUGAGUCUUCUACAACACAGUGUACAGAGCUGGGACCCAGGGUAUCGGAAUUAUUGUCAUUUCCUAAUUGUGGAAGCCACCGAGUGUCACCCAGUGGUUAGAGCAUUUUGUCUGCUCAUGAAACCUCCUAAGUGGAAACAACCAGAUUUGGAAGAAGGAAUUCAUCUGAUGCCUGCAGAUGGGCGAAUGAUGAAGGGUGCACGCUCUCAACUUGCUCGGGCCCGCUGGGGUCUAGCAUAUACGCUCAUUCACAAUCCAUCUCUGCUGUGCCACCGAGGAUCCAAAAGCAUCAAUGGAGGAUCUCCCAUGCGUCCUACGUAGCACCUGGCAUAAACCAGGGACAUUCCAGUGACAUAGUCUACCUCCCACCUCCCUAUCCUCCUAUCCCCUAGAUCAGGGAUCCUCAAACUACGGCCCUCCAGCUGUUGUAGAACUACACAUCCCAUGAGGCAUUGUAACACACUGACA